AUGGAGGAGAUUGAUGGUAGCCCUGUUCAACAUAUUGCUAAGAAAGUAAGGGUUGAGGAAGCUGUAGAAGUGAAAAACAAAGUUGAAUUGAAGAAAGUGGAAGCUAAGCCUGGUGCAGAGGAGACUCUGGUGGAAGUUAAAAGAAAAGAGAAGAAGAAGAAAAAGAAACAGGAAGGAAAAGAAGAGGACGGGAGGAGACCACAGUUGUGA